UCGUCUUUGGUCACCUACAUACAACGGCUCCACACUGUUUGAGUCGACUUCUAAAAUAUAGAUUUUUUUUUUCUAAUGUCAUUUUCUUCAUUUCAAGACUCAAUUAUCGUCAUCAUCUUCUCCUUGUUCUUCCUUAAAUUCUGCCAGACUUUUCAAACAGCCACAGUUGCAACUCUUUGAGGUCCCAUCUUAUCUUCUUCCCUAAUUCAAUUUCAUCUCGAAAAACCCAUAAAUCCCCAUCUGGGUUUUCUCUUUUUCUUGAGAAAAAACCCAAAGAAAGUCUUAGAUUUCCACGAUUUUAGCUAAAUCUCCUGUCACGUUUCGUUGUAAAUCAGAAACCCACCGGAAAAAUUUUGAGCUUUACUGAUAAUACACAAAUCUCGAUCUAAGAUGAGCAGUUACCAUGAUUCGAAUGUGGUAGAGCUCGCCGGAAAAAUCUUGAUAGUGUCAAUCGUAGUCUUGUCUGUGGUUUUGAUCUUCGUUUUCUUUAUUCACCUCUACACCAAGUGGUUCUGGCACCUUCGUGAGGAAAACCAGAACGGCUCCAACACCCUCCGUCGCCGUCGUCGGGGAGAUUUUACAGCGGGUCACCAGGAACAGCAGUCUGGUGUCACCGUUCUCCGGCGUGGGCUGAACCCCUCAUUCUUGAAAACGAUACCGGUUAUUCCGUUCGACCCGAAAGACUUCAAAGAUGGAUUAGAAUGCGCUGUUUGUUUAUCAGAGCUCGAUGAAGGAGAAAAAACUCGAAUUCUACCAAAAUGUUGCCAUGGAUUUCAUGUUGAAUGCAUUGAUAUGUGGUUUCAUUCACAUUCGACUUGUCCGAUUUGCAGAAACCCUGUUUCCGAUCAGAUUGAAAUUUCAGUCGAGCAUUUGCUUGAAAUUCGUCAAACACAAGAAGAAUCAACAGAAAAUGGGGAUUCACAAACUUUCCCAACAAAUAUCUUGUUUUGGGGAGAUGAAACUGAAGUUAGCACGUUGACUUCUCAAUUUGAAGAAGCCAACAAUCAUCAUCAAACACCUAUUUCUACUUCCGAACCAUCUUCUUCUUCACCAUCAAACGCCAUUAACAACCAAUUAAGACCAGUUUUAGUGAUCGACAUACCACAACAGAUUGACGAUGAUGAAGAUCAAAAAUCACCAGUUUCAUAUCGAAUGAGAUCAUUAAAGAGAAUUUUGAGCGGCAGUAGAAGGUUUAUUAACCCCUUUGGUCCCGCUACUACUAAUGUCGGACAAAGAACCAGAAGCGAUCUAUGA